CACUCGGCUGCCAGGGCUGCUCUGGUCACGUCAGGUUCUCUGUGGCCUCAGCACUGGGAGAGCUGAGAGGUCAAGACUUAGAUUUUUAAAACAGGUUCGUUCCUCUCUGGCCAGAUGAACGAUCCUCCACGUGGGGGGAAAAUAACAACUGCCCACGGGAGACAGGUGAACUGACUGUCCCAGGUGCUGUCAGACAACAGGAAUGUUUCCUUCUCCUCCAACUCCUGCUCUGAGCUGUUACCUGCGCAAUAGAACAUGAACAAUGCUCAGACAGGAGGGUGGGUGGGUUUGGAGCGAAAGGUGACCCCCUUCAGCAAGGAUGUGUCUGGUUUUCAGCAUGGAUUGCUUUCAGGGAAAUACCUGCCUGGUCUGUGGUGCGGGAGAACCAGGGAGGAACACCAGCCCUUUCCGCCCUGCUCUGACCUCAGCUCCUCAGCCUCUUUGCAUGGACCCCUGACAUGGGAUGCUCAGGGUUUGUGGGGUUGGGCAGUGAGGGCGAGCUGACUUGGGCUCUAGGCUUAUUCAGCAUGUGUUGGGGUUUGCUAGGAUUUUACACUUGAAGAUACCCCACCUGUCCGUGCAGGUCUGUUCCUCGUGCUGAGCACUGCUGGUCAUUUUAGAGCUAAGGUGAUCCGCGGUCCCCAUCAGCCCAGUGUUGUCUCCCUGUCACCGUUGUGAAAUGGUGUGUCUGUGGAACUCGGGUUACAGAAUCUGCUAGUGGGGCUCUGUUGCACAUGGUGUCUGGCAGCAAGCCCUUGGCAAGGGGAGGGGAUGCAGAGUAGCGGCGGGAGUUGUCCUUGGGACUUGUGCUAUGAGUAUGGGUGGCUGAAUACUUUGUCCGGAGUGUGAACCAUUCCUAGGCUGUGCUGUGCUUUGGGACUCCGUGUGGGGUACUCAGACCCCAGCUGUCUAGCCGAGGUGCUCAGGUGGUGUUCCCAAGCCAUGAUCUUCACCUGCCCUGCGGAUUUCACAACCCACAAGAUCUGGCACAAGAGGCCAGGAAACACCUGCCAUUUUCAUGGUCUGGCGCUUCUGCCUCCGCUUGCCACAGGCAUCUUGUGGCUGCCCAUGGAGGUGCCCACCCUCAUUUAGGGGUUGGUGAUGUUUGGGGGUUCCUGGUUCUUCCCGUUGGAAUAAGAAGGGAUGGGCAGCCCCAUGCUGAGCCUCCUGUCACUGCUCGGCACCUGGGGGUGGUAAAUAGCAGGUGGCUCUUGGGGCAGGGAGGUGGAGCAGCAAUUGUCUAGUGCAGGGGGUUCUCAUACUUCACUGCACUGAGACCCCCUUCCAACAACAAAAGUUACCACAUGACCCAGAAGAGGGGAUUGAACCCUGAGCCUGCCUGAACUCCACUGCUGCUGGUGGGAAGCCAAACCAGAAGCCCAAGGGCUCCAGUUUUAGGCUGGGGGCCUGUAAUCUGAGUCUUGCCGUCCUGGGUGGUGGGGCUUUGGCUUUGGUCCCGGGCCCCAGUAAGUCUAAGCCACCCCUGGUGACCCCAUUGGUCUAGUGUUUCCAGCCCGUGCUGAAAUUCUUGUCAGGUUUUGGAGAAUAAUCCCUAGCCUCCCUGCCCGGGACAGACUCCCUGGGGCUGCUGGAUUCUUGCUAUUCAUUGUGCCUCAAGGGCAUGGUGAGGAAGCCUGGCAAAGCCAGUCUCUAGAAGCCAACAAAGCCCAUCUCCCUGGGGUCUUCAGGACUCAGGGGGUUGGGCCAUUUCCUUCCAGGUUGCUGGCAUGAGUGCAGCCCAGACUGCAGGCUUGGUGGCCUGUGUGAAGUGCUAGGGGAGGGGCGUCAGGUAGUCCCCUAAGCCCUGAAAGCUGAAUCUGAUUUUCAAAAACUCCGUCUUAAGUGUGGGUUGCAGAGCCUGCCUCUGUGGGUACAGCCACUGCUUGAACGCUGCUCUGGGCUCUUCGCUGGCCAGCUCUAAAUCCCAGGCUACGUUGUACUGGCAGCAUCUUCCCAGCUCGAACGUUCCCUGUGCAGAUGCCACUGGGCUGAAGGGUUCCAGCUGUGUGGCCAUGGGAUGGGGCUGCUUUCCCAUCCUGCCUCACCGCCUCCCACCCCACUCCCAUGCUGCUCCAGGGCAGCUUGUUUCAUCACAUGGCUGGUCCCCAUUUGUCCCUGCCCCCCAAGCACAGCACUGCUGGGUGGAUGUCACCUUCCCUUGGAAUGCAACCCCAGCCUCACUGCCCCUCUGAGACUCAUGCUGUGGCCAUGACCCUGGGGAGGUGUCUAUGGUUUAAUUCCACCCAGGAUUUCUCCCCCAGUCUCGGUGCCUGUGCCUUUUGUUACUGAAGACACAGGCUGUGCUGAUGCCUGCCUCUCCAAAGCCAGGGCAGGGCACCAGGGCCCUGCCUGCUCCUGAUGAAGUUGUGGCCAAGCUCCCAUUGAAUCCAGCUUCUGCUGCACUGCACGAGCCCUUCCCCAGGCUCACUCUGUGGAAUGUGUAUGCAGCCACUGCACUGACUUGCCCGGUCCAGAAGGGCCCUUCCAGCCCAGUGGGGUUGGAGCCCAGCAGGUGCCAGAGGCUGAAUUGAAAGGAACUUCCAGACCAAUCAGGAUACAGGCCCAGGUCCUGGCAAGACUCUGUGGACUCCAGAGGGGCUGGGGCAUGUCCCAUUGUCCCCUGGAGGGAGCUGAUAUCCUUGCUUUGUGGCUGCCAGGGCAGUGCUCUGGUGGCUGUGCAAUGUCAUGUGCAAUAGACAAACCUCACUAACCAGCUGCCACCCAAGGAAGGGGCUGGGGCGUCACUCACUGAGCAUUCCCUGUUCCCAGGAGCUCCCGGACCAGGUGAGAAUGUUCCUCAGGUUUGUGUGUCAUGGAUACCUUCAGGCUGCUCCCAAUCUGUCUGUGCAGCAGAGGCUGGGAGUUAGCCAGGCCUCCUGUGGCUGUGAUCUCUGCUGUGCUAAGCGGGACUGGUGCGGCUCACCUCCCAGGAACAGCCAGGUGCUUUGGGGACCAAAGUAGGUGUCUCAAUAAGGGAUGUUCUUCCCUUGCAGUAAGUUCUGACCCCACUGCCCCAGUGUGACAUUAGGGGGUGAUGUCAAAUGUCACCUGACUGCUUGGGAUCAUUGUAUCCGUAGCCAACAUCAUGAGAAGCUGGCUGGACAAAGCCAACUCAGAAAACCGCUGAGCCUGAGUCGUCUCCACACUGCAGGAUUGAGUGAAGCCAUGAAGGAACAGGGCCAGCCGCCCCAUGAAGAAGGGGGCUCCUCACAGCCCCAGGUGCUGUGGUUACAGCUGUCUGUUCUAAGGCAUCGCAAGGUGGUGUGUGCGAGGAACACAGCCUGGCCUCUGCCUCCCCUCUGGGGUUUUGGGCUCGGCUGAGUCCCCUGGAGAGUAGCCCAGUGCUGCUGGCUCAGCCCUGGGAGCGCAUGGAGCUGUAGAUGGGAGGGCUGCCUGACAGAGGGACCAUUCUGACCAUGCAGGCGGAGCCCCUGUGGAGCACAGAUGGUGCAACCCCUCGGGGUUCCUGCGUCCAGCCCAGAACUGGGUGAGCUUGAGUGGGGCUUUUACAAAGAGAUGCUCAGUCUCGAUUUAGAGCCUCCAAUGGUGGCGAAUGAACCCUGCAAGCUGCGCCAAUGGUUAAUCCCCCUGCCUGCCCCGUGUUCAGUCUGAAGUGUUUCAUUCCUGUGUGAAAGCGUGUGGGGUUACCCUCAGGCCCAAGGAGGGUGGCUGUGUCCCAGCUGGGGCAGAGAGUUGCUUUCCAGUGCAACACACCUGGAAAUCCAGCUCGGGUCCCAACCCCUCAAUAGGGGUGUGUACAGGGUUGUUCUGGGGUGGGCCACCCCACUGACAUGGCUCACCCAGGGAGGCUGCAAAAGAGAGAAAAGGGCCAGUGGUCCGAGAGGCCUGGAACUGCAUGGUACCCACCCCUGCCAUGUUCCCCAUAGGCAGCCAAAAAGCCCCUUCUAAGAAGGGGAAGGGGAAGGGGAGGAGGCAGUGGACUGGCACCUGGGUACCACUUGCCUUGGUCUUCCAGAUCAGAGCUGUGGACUUGCAGGGAGAUGCAGACUGGGCACUGGUGUCAGUGGCAUCUCGGGUACAGGGAGGAGAUUGGGCCCAGGAGCUCCUGCAAGCUGAGCUGCUCCGUGGACCAUCCCUGGUCCACAGAGGCAGUCUACCCCUUCUUGGGGUGCUUGUGUGGGUCUUAGGGGGAAUCGGCUGUGGGGUCUGCUGCUGGAGAAUCUGGUGCUUGAGGUGCUGGGAGCCCUGAGGAGCAAGAACCCUUGCAGACCCUUUGAGCUCCCAGCUCCCUGGAGGAGCAUGGCUCCCUCCUCCCCGGGUUAGAAGCCAUAUGCGGGUGGCUUGUGGGAGCAGAUGCUGGGUUCCCUAGGAGGGAGAUGACCUUGCAGGGCAGGAGCUGUCAGACAGGUUUGUUUGUGACAGUGAUUAAAGGGGAGUUGUUUGUUUACACAGCGCCUGGUGCAGAGAGCUGGGGUGUUACACCUGAGCUGGGAGCUCCCUUGGGCCAGGGCAGUGCCUGACCCAGGGUCCCCAGAAGGGAUCUGUCAGGCAAUGGCAGUGCUGGGCUUGGAGCAGGCUGAGCCCCAAGCUGCAGUGUGCUGAGACUUGUAACAGGUACCCAGCCGUGGUCCUUGGACAGCUUCAUCUCUCCACCCCCGUACUUGGAUGGCCUGUUCUCACUGGGUCUCUGAAGGGAAGGUCCCUCCCCCUGCCCCCCAGACAAUCGGGUAUCCAGGCUGAGUGUUUGAGGACAAGUGGGUGAGAGUCAUGGCACAGGCUGUGCUUUCCCAGCACAGGCAGUACUGCCGCAUGGGCAGCCCGGCAGCCCUGCUGUUCCCGUGGGAGCCUUCGCUCCCAGCAUAGCCUGUUCGUUUUUGGCUGUCAAGUGAUGUUAUUCCAGGGCUGGUUGGUCUUUGCUGGGCAAGUCAUUUAACUGCUUUGUCUCAUGUUCCCUGUCUGUAAAAUGGGGCCUCUAGCGAGCUCUGACCCCGCUGGCUCUACCCUCUUUGGCUGCCUGUCCCAACGAAGAGCAGAGGGAGGGUGUUGGAGGCAGGGCACAGAGAGCAAGACCCUGGAGACUGCCUUUGCCAGUGGUUUUGGGUGCCCGAGGCAAAGCGUGAGCCUGCAGUGAGUGGGCAGCAGCCUCUGGGGACAUUGGGGUGAGUUCCGCAGUCCAGGACAGGUGGAAAUGCUGCCCAGAGCAAGCAGCUCUACCAGCCAGGCACUCGGCAUCAUGCUGGUUCUCGGGCCGGGCUGGAUUCUCUGUGCUCCCUCCUGGUGUGGCAGCAGCCCGACAGCUGGCUGGGCUUGCUGUCCCCGCUGCUAUCCAGGGUUGAAGGGCAGGGAACAGGCAGCUGCUCCCUAGCGUUGGAGCCAUGGCUGGGGAUGAUGCUGGGGUCAGUAACCCUAUGCACUGAGGGAGAGGCCUGACCACUGCCCUGGGUAGCGCUGGGGAGGGAGAGGCUGUUCCGGCCCACUGCGCCUCAUGGGAAGGAUGAGGGGCUUGUUAGUUGCUAAGCAGCAUUGUCAGUUUCCUCCUGGGCUUCCUCCCAGCAGGGCAGUGUGUGCAGCCUGGAACCUGUUGAGGAAACUGCCACUUCCUGCCUCAUGUCCUUCCUGUUCCUGCCUCCCCCACUGGUGUCAUCUGGCCAGUGCCCCGCAGCCCCCAUGCCACAGCAUCUGUUUCCGUUCGCUGCCUGGAAUGGAGUGUCUCAGCCCUUCCCUUUCUCAGGCUUCAGCCUCUGCUGCUGUCUGGAGGAGCUGGACGCUUCGCCCCGUGCCCAUCCUUGAAGGGAUGGAGUGGGGUGGAGUGGGGGGGACAGGGAGCGCAGGCCAUGGGGCCUUGGGUAUAUGCAGGCCUGGGCUGCCAUUUGCCUUGCUCCUCUUGGUGCAGCUAGUCAGGCCCAGAAGGUUGAGGUGGGGCAGGAACCCUGUUCUGAGCCCAUGGGACUUGGCAAGAGUUUGUCCAUUGAGUGCAGUGGGGUCAGGACCAGAUCCCAGUGGAAAAAGUUUCUGGCUCAUGUGGGGAACAACUGCCCAGCCAGACUUUCCAUCCCAGCUGCAGCAGAGCCCUGCUGCCCUGAGGGACUGUCUGGGGGCACCUUGCAUCCGCCACCUGUGGGCUCUGGCAGCGCUUGGCAUGAUCAGUGGCCCAACCUCCAGCAAAGAGCCGUGUCUCCCCUGCAGGGGCUUCCCCUGGUAUCUUGCACUUGCACCUCAAGGCUGAAAGCUGCUGGACUUCUUUCCCCCAGCUCCUGAGCUGGGCUCUGGGUCUUCCUCAGAAGGGAAAGGGGCUGAACUAAGGGGGAGGGUGGAGGUGCUGGCCUGACAGCCCUGGGGGAGCCAGUCAUGCCCACAGCUGGUGCAGCUCUGACAGGAACACUGCCCCCUCCUUGGGAGCCAGGGGGUAGCAGCCUCUGUAGCCCAGCCAGCCCUUAACCCCUCUGCUGUGGCGGCUAACAGGGAGCUAAGCUGGGUGCUGGAUUUUGUGCUACCGAGACCCCGUUUGCUGGCCCCAGAACAGCCAUGGAGGGGUGUCGUCUGCCCUGCUGGUCUGGAUCCCUCACACUCCCCGACUACUCUCCCCUGAGCUGGUCUGAGGAGCCUCCGCAACGCAGUGCUGUGGCCAGGGUCUGCAAAGGCUCCUGGAAGCACCAUUGGCGUGUGUGAGACAGACACGAAAGAUCAUGCUGCUGGCCCAGGGUCCUGUCUGAGCUGGGAGGAGGCAGCCACAGCUGUGUGUGGACCAGUUGUCCAGGAAUCAGCCUGGGGACAGAGCCCAGUGCUGGUACCACACGUUGGUCUAAUUCUCCAUGGCAACAGCACAGGCCCCUCAUGUGACCUGUGACCCUGGCAACUGCCUCCUUGACUCUUCCCUAGCCCCUGCGCCUGGGAGCUCCGGCUGCGGCAUGGGCAGUGUGGGCAGCCUGGUGGAGAAGCAGGACUUGACGCCCGGGGAGCUGCGGACGGUGCUGGGGGGCUCGCGGGGGUUCCGGCAGCCGGACGGCCUGCUCCGGAAGGGCCCGAGCCAGCGGGAGCUCUUCAGCUACCUGCACAGCGCCAGGAAGGAGCCCCGGGCCGAGAGGAAGCACCAGGCGCUGGGGGCAUCCUGCAACCGGGACUACGAGAGCGACCGUGAGAACCAGUCCCCGGACCGCUUCUCCCGUGAGCCCCACCGGGGGGCAGACUUCUCCAAGAGCUCGCUGCCGGAGCGGGGCCGCUUUGACAAGUGUCGAAUCAGGCCAUCAGCUUUCAAGGCAGUGGCUGGGAAAGGCCUGGUCUCCAUGCAGGGUCUGGCCUCAUCUAAAGGGCAGAAGCUGUCGAAGAGCAAUGGGAGCCUGCAUACCCUCCUGUCCCAGAGCAGCACCAGCGCCUCGUCCCAGCAUGGCCACAUGCGCACCCAUCUGCUGCACACCAUCAGCUUAGAUGAGGCCUCCAGUUCCAGCCACAACUCCAUCCAGAGCUUCCCCAUCUACCCUCCCCACUUCAAACCUGCCCAGGGCCAGUUCAGUGCCUCCAUGGGCCACAUCAAUCACAUUGGGGGCUCCCUUGACAGGGCCUCCUGGGGCCCCCGAGAUCCCCUGGAAGUGGAGAAAGCACCUCUGUCCUGCAAGAGCAUGGCCACGCUAAGCCGUCUGCAAAGCUCCGGGGAGCCCCCACCCCCCUACGAGUUCACCUACUCCUUGGAGGACGUGGUGAAGCAGCUGGAGGACCGACUGCAGGAGAAGAGUGGGGAGCUGUGGCAGUUGAAGAGGAGCCUUAGUGAGACUGAAGACCCCUUCACACAGGUUUUUGAGGACAAACAACAUCUGUGGAUGGAUGCACUGGACGAGCUGAAGCAGAUGUAUGUCGCCAAGCUGCAGCAGGUGACCCAGCAGGCCCAGCGCAGCCAGCGGGCGCUGCAGUUGCAGCUCUACAAAGCACAGCAGGAGAAGAAGCGGCUACAGGAGGAGCUGAGCCUGCACCAGGGCCAGUGCGAGGAGCUGAGGCAGUGGCAGCAGCAGUGUGAAUGUGUCAGCCCCAAACUAGAAGAGACCAGGUGGGAGGUUUGUCAGAAGGCAGCUGAGAUCUCACUGCUCAAGCAGCAGCUUCGAGACUCCCAGGAGGAGCUGGCCCAGAAACUCAGUGAGAUCUUCAGCUUGAAGACCCAGCUGCGGGAGGCCCAGGCAGAGGUGCAAGCCAAGGACUCUCAGCUGGCCCAGCUAGGGGACUCCUUCCAGGCCCCACCAGAGCCCAGCUCCUCCCUCCCUUUGGGGGAUGCUCCCAUGCCAGUCUGCCAGGACUUCUCUGGCUGUGAAACUGACGACUCCAAGUGUUGGGGUCUUCACAGCGAGAGUGGUGAGCCCCUGGAGAGGCAGGUGGAGUGGCUGUGGGCAGAGCUGCUGCGUGAGCGGCGCCAGGGCCAGCUGAAGGCUGUGAACUUUGAGCUGGAGCGGAAAACCUGGCAGGAGGAGAAGGAGAAAGUGCUGCGCUACCAGAGGGAGAUCCAGGCAAGCUACAUGGAGAUGUACCACCGCAGCCAGGCUUUGGAAAGGGAGCUGCAGCAGCUGCGGGCUGAGCCCAGAGCUCCUGACACAGACUCACCCUGGAUCGAGAGAGUUGAGUCUUCAAAAAUCUGAAUGGGAAGCCAGCAGCCUGGACUGGGAAGGGGCAAGAGCUCUUGGGAUGGUACCCAGGCUGCACCAUGGACGGCUUGGGCUAGCAAGGGGGUUCCUCCACUCAGACUGAUGAUGCUGUGAGUACGGCAGGUCCAUCCCUGGAGGAGUCUCAGAAGCAAGUGUUACUUCUGCCUCUGCGGCAGGGACCUGUGCUCCAACAGCUGCCUUUGGCAGAGCAAGUUUGCACCAUGAUUUUUACUGUCUGGCAAACAGAAGCCCAACAUCAAGUGGGAUUUCCUGUUCCUCCUCCCCAUCCCCUGCUGCUUCCUAUCCCAGCAAGGGCUCUGACCCUGCUGGGGAGAUGCCCAGCUUCCUCUCCUUACGCUGUCCAAGCUGCAUGCCUGCCAGUCUUGCUGCAUGUCCUUCACACUGGGGCUGCACUGGCUGCAGCAGAGAGAACCUGCCCUGCUGUGCCUUUGCUGGGUGCCCAUGCAGGUAAUCUUGCCUUGGGGCUUGAGGCCUGGGAAAUGUGACACACGGAUGCUGUGGAGCACUUUCUGCUGGGGCUUGAGCUGCCCUGGCACCUGGCUCUGCUGGAGUCUCUGCAGCAGGAGAAAAGGAGAGACUAUAGGGCUCAUGCCACGGGGGACAGGUUCAGGGGCUUUGCAUGCCAUCCAGGGCUGUGGCCUCUGUGCUGAGGCUUCUUGUGCUGCUUUGAAGAUGGAGAGGAGCUGGGUUAGUAUCCUGACAUAGAGCAGGGGGGAUGGAAAGCAGCUCCUGCCAGAGAGCAUGCACCAUCGCUCAGAGCUAUCCUUGUCCACCUCCCCCGUUCUGGCCCAGCCAACGUCUGGGUAUGAAGCUUUCCUGUGAGGCAGCAGCACAUGCCUAGUGAAAUGAGAUAAAUGAAGAACCUUUCCCCCACUGGCCUAGCCCAGCCCAGGGGGAGGGGAGGGGAGGGACGGGACCUGCCUGUGUAGAGCGAGUGCCCACAGGAGAGUACCUGGUGGGGUCACAGGCACAAGUGCAAUUGGGGAAAGUGUGGUCAGCUUUCCCCCCAUUCAGCUGCAGAGCACCCAGGGAACCAGAGCCGCCUUUCACCAGAACGUAGGCUGUGGCUUGAUGCUGAGGGGUGGGCAGGGGCAGGCUAGCACCAUGAGGUGGGGUAGGGGGCUGGCUGCUGGGUGCUCUGGAUAUGAAGGUCCAGGCCUGGCACAGCUCUGCUCAGCCUCUCCUGGAAUAAAUCUGAAUUUGGUACUUCUGGCUCCUGUGGCUGCUUCUUUCUCUUCCUCCAUGGGGGUGACCCCAGUGGCUGGCCUUGGAUGCUCAUGUGGGAGAGUUACAGGCCUCCCAGCUGACAGUGUAAGGCAGCAGUGAAGCUGGUAUUUACUCUGCACCCCAGGAGGUUGCUGCAGCCAAAACUCCAUUUGCUGCUGACCAGGGAUGUUGAGCUCAAGGCAGGCGAGUCUGGGAAGGGGAGUAGUGAUCCCAGCGUGGGGACCAUGGGCCCAGUUUCUGAGGAUGAUGCAGUCAGGGCUCCACUUACAGGAGCUCCUUGCUCCAUUGUCUGUGUUCCUGCUGGAGUGGGGGCUCUGGUUUGUCUCUAAUGGGCUGGCAGUGACAUGCUGCUCU